CACUCCGGUUCCCUUCCGUACCGCAAUGAUGCAUUAGUUCCAUCAUGCGGGGUAGCUGGAUACCGAAUCGGGGUAGAUACCCGCUAAGGACAUCCAUCUGUCAUGUGCGAAUAGCUUCGGAUGAAGUUUUAGGUUAACGUACUAGCUAUAGCAGAUAGCUAGAGCAGAUAACUAACUGUCUUACUGCUAGUAUGUCAUGCCUACUAGGCAGGUAGUUAGGUUUAGCUGGAUUUAAAUAUUGUGUUAGGGAGCCCUGGUACCAUCUGUUUGCAUUCCGAAUUUGACGGCAUCGACUCGGGGUCAUAUCCUUGAAUAUUUGGACAUGCUAAUUGUAUCCCAGUCCUUAAUCCAGUAAGAUGACAUCGAUACCGGAGGACCAGCAGAAGAACUACGAGAUAUUCCGGGACUGUCUCUCAACAGCGCUCAUAGAGAAGAUCUCGCAACCCCAAUCAAAGCCGAAGCGAAAGCCUCGAUCAAAAAGGCAUUCAACCGCAUCGCAGACACGAAUUAGAAACGGAAAUGCUACGAAGGCGCCGGACGUGGACGUGGACGUAGACGCGGAGGCAGAGGCAGAAGCAGAAGCAGAAACAGACUCGGAUCUCAGCAACGCAGAUUCCCUCGCCGACUUUGCAGAUUACAUCGCGGCCGAAACCUUCCGUGCGCUCCCCGCCGAGCUCAAAACCCUCGACUACCACUCAUACGUUAAGGACGCAGACCUACAAUCGCGGUACGCCUUACCCUUCACGGGAUUUGAUACGCCGCAACUGCUCCCCUCCCUGGACCCCUCUGUCGCCGACUCCCUGUCCGCGUACGCGAUAACGCGCGAGCCUACUCAGGGCGUCGACGAGUUCCUCGCCCCGAUCUUGACUUCCUAUCUAACCGCUCUAUCCACGCCGCCCCCAGCUCCCCGCGCCACGCUGAGAGAGGCGGAGGGCUGCGAGCUGUGCGGGAGAGACUGGAUCAACUUAUCGUAUCAUCACCUGAUCCCUCGGUUCGUGCAUGCGAAGGCGGUCAGGCGCGGUUGGCACCGCGAGGAGGACCUGCAGAAUGUGGCGUGGCUGUGCGGCGCGUGUCAUCGGUUUGUGCAUCGGUUCGCGGGACACGAGGAGCUGGCGCGGAAGUAUUAUACGGUGGAGUUGUUAAUGGAGGAGGAGGGGGUGAAGAGGUGGGUUGACUGGGUGGGGAGGUUGAGGUGGAAGGGGAGGUGAUCUAUCGUCAUCAGUUUGUCUUGUCUCUGAAUGGAGGAGGAAAUUUCGCAAUAAAAGAUCAACAGUGUCACCACCGUUCGGGUUCGAACUAGGUAGGAUACCUAGAAGAGAAGCUAGGUGACAAAAGAAAUAUAUAACAUAUAACUAGGUAAGGACGGCUACGUAUUACUAUUCCUAUUACCAC